AUGGAGGCCCCGGUGGCUGACGCUGCUGGCUCCACCUGUGGCGUGGAACCCGCCCUGUCCUCCCUGACCCUGGCCUUGCACAAGGGCCCUGUGACCUCUGACCCUCUCACCCUGGGCCUCCGGUGGUCCGAUUGUGUCCCUUCUGGCACCCAGCCUCUGGCCACCACUGACCUGCAGUUCAGCCUUUUCCAGAAAGAUAAGCAGAAUCACAAAACCCAUUUUAUUUAUCAGGAGACUAGCCUGCCACAUGUCCGUCUCUCGCUCACACACACCAGACUGGGCCACCAUCCCUCGCCUAGUCCCUCUAGGACCCGCGCGGGAGCCCAAGGUCCCCUUCCCACAGGCAGCACCAAGGUCGUCCUGGACCCCACCCAGCGCGGCGUCCCGCCCCACAGCCCGGGCACCGACAACCGUCGCCGCAGGGGCCUGGAGACCCAGACGCGCUGCAGACACUGCGAUUUGUUCAUCUUGCCAGCCAACCCGUCUCGUCCUGACGCCAGGACCCCGUCCCCAUUGAAGUUUCACCCGGAGCUGCAGAAAGAAAAUGCGGGGCCCAGACCAGACCCCCCACGAUUCUGUCACCGAGAAGCUACGCUGGAGCCACUGUGCUCCAGGCCAGCAGCGGUCCUGGGUGGACAUGCGCCAGCACGACGGAGCACCAAGGCAGCGGCCGGGACACGGCGCGGCCAGCGCACCGCAGGGGCCCUCUGCACGGCUGACCAGAGGCUGAGGAAGAUGGGCACAGCAGGCCAGGGGCCCRUCCCGCCGGCCCCCCGCGCCCAAGCUUACCAGCUGGGCCAUCCCCAUCCCGCUGCAGACAGGCUGCGCCGACCUCCCUGGUCUCUCACAGUGACCUCGUCUCUGCUGUCCGUUCUGGGGUGGACCCCGGGGGCAAAACCAGAGGCUUCCUGGAAGGUGCAGGGCCAGGCACCCAGCAGGUGCCAGCACGGUGGGCGGGAUGGAGCAUAGCGUGCGGCCACCUUGGGGACGGAGGCCCUGCAGGAGCCACUGCCCCUCCGGCCCACGGCUUGGGUUUCCAGUCUCCACUGCCCACGGCCAACUGUGGCCAGAACCACUCCAGGAACCCCCAGAGCGAGCCAUUCCAGCUCCGUCCCCGCUGGCCGGGCCUCUGUCCUGCGCACUGGUCAGCCGGCUCAUCUCCACGCCUGGCCCAGGAGCCUCGCUGGGGUCAGGCACCCGCAGGGCCAGGUCGGGUGAUCCGACCCUGUGGGCGGCUGAGUGGGAGGAGAGGGCGGCGGGCGGAGGCCCCAGGCUGAGCGGGGUUGUCACCAGCUCCCUGCAGCCGCAGGGCCUCGCGGGUCACCUGCAGCUGCACAGCCACAGGUUUCGCCGGCACAGAUGGCGGUGACCGACACCGUCCCCUGGUCCCCAGCUCACCCCACCUGGCCUCUUUGCAGCUGGCCGGAGACUCCCCUCUGUCCUCUGUGGCUUCUGCAGGAAGUCCACACAGGGAGUGGCCUGGGCACCUCUGGCCACCCGGGUCCCCUGUGCCCCCUGGGGCUGCCUGGGCCCUUCUCCGGGCUGAGUGGCAUCUGCCGUAGGAACGGAGCACCAUGGGAGUCCAGUCACCCAUGGGGACAGGGUGGCUUUCAGGUUUGUGACUGUGAGCAAGGCGGGGACAGACACUCAGGUUCAGGCGGCCCUUGGGCUCCCAUCUCCCUGGCUGGACGUGGGCAGGGUCCCGGGGUCCCGUCCACGGCGUGUGGGAGGCCAGGUGGCUGCCCAGUUCCACACUCUGGUGGGCAGAGACCCACGGCAGGGCUGGAGCCAGGUCCCCAGGUCACCCACAGUGUGGCCGGCUGUCCAGUGCCCCUGGGCUCAGUGUCCCUCACCACGAGAUGUUCAGGGUGGGACAGGGAUGGCCCCAGGCAGACCAGCUGCGCUGGCCAGCCUGGACAAGAAGGCGGCCACAAGGUGUCCCCUGACCGGCCACAGCCUCUUCCCCUCCAGGAGCCUGACAGCCGCUGGUGAGCCCUCAGGGCAGGGCUGGUCCCCAGGGCCGAGGUGCAGCUGCUGGACCACAGGGGGGGUCACAAGGCCUGCCAGACCCUGCCUCCAGGCCACAUGCAGGUGGCUGCUGGCCCUGCAGGGCCCCUCUGGGCCUGGGAGACACUAGGGAAGGAGCCGCUUCCAGGGGACUUGGGGGACUCAGGCUGCACGAAGCCCACCAGGACCUGACCGGCCCCCGCUGGGCUGGAGUGUGGGACGGUCCAGCCGCUCGACCACCUGGUGCUCAGGGAGGCCCUGUGGGCCYAGGGGCAAAGGCCGUUCCCAGCCACCUGGAGCCACCUCACCCUCCCCUGCCUCMGCUGCCCCGGGGCCCCUGAGCUGUCCCACAGGGACGCAGACUGGCCACAUCUGGGUCAGCUGUGAAACAGAAGUGAGAGGCAGCCCCGGGGCAGAGGUCUGUCCCGGGCAGUGGGGGCCCGGGGUCUCAGUGUGGUCUUCGUGGCCCUGGCCAGCACCSGAAAAGGGGCGAGAACCCCACCCGGCAGGGGGAUGGGGCCGCCGCACGUGAUCCGGGGGUGUGUCCACUAUGACCCCCCGGCAUGGUGGCCACCGCUGUCGGCUUGGGUCCCGUCCACGAUGCUCUUCCAAAGUCCCCACACCGAUGCCCCAUCACGCGCCGCCACCCGCGGGCACACUGCUCCACGCCAGCUGCUCCAGGUCCGCUCAGAGGCACCGCGUGGCCUGACCGUCCCUGCUCCAGCACGGUCAGCGGUCCUCCCCAGCCUCUUUCACGACUUGUUUUGAGACAGGGUCUUGCAGAAGUUGCCCAGGCUGGCCUCCAACUCCUCCGGCCUCGCUCCCAGCUCUCUGGGCGGCGGGCGGGCAUUGCCACCCUUAGUAACUGGGAGACGCCGCUGCCCAGGGCCCAGCCCGCCAGCGGCUCCAGAGGCGGGGACCCUGGGGCUGGCGCUACCCUGGGGCUGGUGCUGCCCYGGGCAGCGUGGGCCUGAACCCUGCCUGGGUCCACCCAGCCAGAGGCCAGCGGCCACGAGGACGGGCCUCUGCCCUCCUUCAGAACCCGUGACGACCACCAGGCACAGGCACCGCUGCUGCCCAGAGUGAAAGCGAGGUGACCAGGCCAUCUGCACCCAGUGAAUGUGGACGGGCAGGUUCCCAGGGCCACUCCCUGAGCUGCCUGGAGGCGGGGGCGGGCGGGGCGCCACGGCCCACCUGGCCUGGGGACCUGGACCCAGCGCAGGUCCUCGAACACCAGGGAGCAAGAAGCCACCAGAGCCAGAGACGGCGCCCGGGACCACGCACCCAGUGCUCUGGGAGGUCCCUCCCUCGCGUCCUCCUGAGGACGUGAUGACGCGUGGCCCAGGGGCUGCGGGUCCCGUGACGGGGCCAGGAGCAGCAGACCCGGCCAGCCUGGCCCCAGGACGAGCAGGACGUGUCCCAGGCGCCAGUCGCCCAGCGCCCUCCUCAGGGCUGAGGGCGCCACUGCUCCCUGAAGUAGAGGCUGGUCCAGAACUGGAGGCCACAGGACUCCCGGCUCCGCCCASAGAGGGACGCGGGGACAGGCCCGCCUUUGCCUUGACCAACCUCUCCCCAGRCUGCCUUGGCCACCAGUGGUCAGCUAACGCCACAGUCGCUGAGGGCAAGGGGGGGAUCCUGACAGAAUGUGAGGCUCCUGCAGGAGGCCGGGAGUGUGYUCAGGGAAGGAGGACGCCCAGGCUGCCUCCCCACGGAGGGAGGGCUUGUCUGAGGCCCUGUGGCAUGGCCACCCACCCCACCAGGUGACAGGCGGCCCAGGGCGGGAGCUGCCGCAGCCAGGGCUGGCGGGAGGCGGGCAGCCCUCCAGGGGCCGGGAUGGGCUCCCAGUCGCCUCGAGCCCCACGUGGGGCCUCCACUCUAGAGGAUGGCCUCCCGGGCCUCAAAUGAUCUCUWGCUAAAUCUGCAUAUCCAACGUCCGACUGGGCGGGGUCAGCACCGCGGGCCACCCACAGAGUGCCACUCACUGCCUGACAGAUGGCACUGAAGCGCGAGAACUUGAGGAAAGAAGAGGAWGUGGGUGAA